UUAACCAGUCAAGUGGAGGAGGGCCCCAAUCUGGUAGAGGGUCCAAGCUUGUUCUAGGGUGGAGGAGGCCAGGCCCACCGAGGGGCCCCUGGAGGACUUGUUUCCCUUGUGGUUUUUUGUACUUCCUGUUCCCUGCUCACUGCGGAAGUUCCUCUUCUUACCCUGCAUUCAGAGCCUAGCUGGAGAGGACAAGGGCAGGAGGCACCAUGAGUGGGGGCCCUGCAGGAGGCAAGCCUGGGGGCCGUGGAUCGUCGGCGGUUCAGCAGAACAUACCCUCCACCCUCCUCCGUGACCAUGAGAACCAGCGACUCUUCGAGAUGCUCGGACGGAAAUGCUGGACGCUGGCCACUGCGGUUGUUCAGCUGUACCUGGCGCUGCCCCGUGGAGCUGAGCGCUGGACCAAGGAACAUUGUGGGGCUGUGUGCUUCGUGAAGGAUAACCCCCAGAAGUCAUACUUCAUCCGCCUUUACGGCCUUCAGGCAGGCCAGCUGCUCUGGGAACAGGAGCUGUACUCACAGCUGGUCUACUCCACUCCCACCCCCUUCUUCCACACCUUCGCUGGAGACGACUGCCAAGCGGGGCUGAACUUUGCAGACGAGGGUGAGGCCCAGGCCUUCCAGGCCCUGGUACAGGAGAAGAUACAAAAAAGGAAUCAGAGGCAAAGUGGAGACAGACGCCAGCUACCCCCACCACCAGCACCAGCCAGUGAAGAAAGAAGAGGAGGGCUCCCACCCCUGCCCCUCCACCCAGGUGGAGACCAAGGGGGCCCAGCAGCUGGUCCACCGUCCCUGGGGCUAGUGACAGUGGACAUCCAGAACCCAGACAUUACGAGUUCACGAUACCGUGGGCUCCCAGCUCCUGGGCCUGGCCCAGCUGAUAAGAAACGCUCAGGGAAGAAAAAGAUCAGCAAGGCUGAUAUUGGCGCACCCAGCGGAUUCAAACAUGUCAGCCACGUGGGGUGGGAUCCCCAGAAUGGAUUUGACGUGAACAAUCUGGACCCAGACCUGCGGAGCCUGUUCUCCAGGGCAGGAAUCAGUGAGGCCCAGCUCACCGAUGCUGAGACCUCCAAACUUAUCUACGAUUUCAUUGAGGACCAGGGCGGGCUGGAAGCUGUACGGCAGGAGAUGAGGCGCCAGGAGCCACUUCCACCACCCCCACCACCAUCCCGAGGAGGGAACCAGCCCCCCCGGCCCCCUACUGUGGGGAGUAACAAGGGUCGAUCUGGUCCAUUGCCCCCUGUUCCUUUGGGAGGUGCUCCACCCCCACCAACUCCACGGGGACCCCCACACCCGGGCCGAGGGGGCCCUCCACCACCACCGCCUCCAGCUACAGGACGUUCUGGGCCACCGCCCCCUCCACCCCCUGGAGCUGGGGGUCCACCACUGCCACCGCCACCACCGCCACCGCCACCACCACCGCCACCACCCAGCUCUGGGGAUGGGCCAGCCAUUCCCCCACCCCCUCCUUCUCUGGGGACUAUGGGGGGCCUGAGCCCUGGUGGGGGUCGGGGGGCACUUUUGGAUCAAAUCCGGCAGGGAAUUCAGCUGAACAAGACCCCUGGCGCCUCAGAGAGCUCUGCACUGCAGCCGCCACCUCAGAGCUCAGAGGGGCUGGUGGGGGCCCUGAUGCACGUGAUGCAGAAGAGAAGCAAAGCCAUCCACUCCUCAGACGAAGGGGAGGACCAGGCCGGAGAUGAUGAUGAGGACGAUGAAUGGGAUGACUGAGUCACCACCAUCCCCACCUGUUCUGCGCGCCCUCACCUAGCAGCCCCUGCUUGCUGCUUUCCUCUCUUGGCUUCCAGGCUCCCAAGGUGUAUUUCUUCCCCAUCAAUCCUUUCAAUGCUAUUACCUCUGACUGGCCCCCACACUCACCCUAGUGGCCCUUUUUAUACAAAAUAACCAGGGCCCUUUUUAUACAAAAUUUCUCCUCACUCAAGGAUUUUUAAACAAAAAUAAAAUAGCUGUCUUUCUGUUUCUCUAAA